GGUCGGGCAAGCACCAGAAGGCUCAUCAUGUCACCACUUGGACUAAAAGCCAUUGUUGGAGAAAAGAUAAUGAAUAAUGUCAUUAAGAAGGCAAGAGAGAAGGGAAAAUGGAAGGUGCUGGUGGUGGACAAACUGAGUAUGAAGAUGAUUUCCUCGUGCUGUAAGAUGACAGAUAUCAUGUCAGAAGGAAUAACCAUUGUCGAAGACAUAACCAAGCGCCGCGAGCCUCUGCCCAGCAUGGAGGCCAUCUACCUGAUCACACCUUCAGAUGAGUCUGUUGAGGGCCUAAUUGAUGACUUCAGAGACCCGCAGUCCCAGAGGUACAGAGGAGCUCACGUCUUCUUUACUGACACGAUCCCAGACACCUUGUUUAGACUGUUGACCAAAUCCCGCGCAUCCAAAGCCAUGAAGGCCUUGACUGAGAUCCACAUCGCCUUUCUGCCCUAUGAAUCUCAGGUUUUCUCCCUGGACAAAGUGGAUGCAUUUCAGGACUUCUAUAGCCCAUUCAAGGCUGACGUGAAGGCCAACAUGCUGGAGCGUUGUGCUGAACAGAUCGCCACCCUCUGUGCAACACUCAAAGAGUAUCCUGGCGUCCGCUACAGAGGGGAAUACAAAGACUGCGCAAUUCUCGCCCAGAUGUUACAGGAGAAGUUGGAUGGCUACAAAGCUGAUGACCCCACCAUGGGAGAGGGUCCAGACAAGUCUCGUACUCAGCUGCUCAUUCUGGAUCGUGGCUUUGAUCCUGUGUCGCCUCUUCUGCAUGAGCUCACGUUGCAGGCCAUGUCUUACGACCUGCUGGGCAUUGAGAAUGACGUUUAUAGGUUCGAGACCAGUGGGAUGGGUGAGACGAGAAUGAAGGAAGUAGUUCUAGAUGAGGAUGAUGACCUGUGGCUGACUCUGAGACACAAACACAUUGCAGAAGUGUCAACUGCGGUUACUCGAUCACUGAAAGACUUCUCUGCUAGCAAAAAGAUGAACACUGGGGAAAAGACCACAAUGAAGGAACUGGCUCAGAUGCUGAAGAAGAUGCCUCAGUAUCAGAAAGAGCUCAGUAAGUUUUCUACCCAUCUGCACCUGGCUGAAGACUGUAUGAACCGCUACCAGGGUACCGUGGACAAACUGUGCCGUGUAGAGCAGGAUCUUGCAAUGGGCUUGGAUGCAGAGGGAGAGAAAAUAAAGGACCCCAUGAGGCUUAUUGUACCCAUUCUACUGGAUGCUAAUGUCAGUGUAUCUGACAAGAUACGCAUUAUUCUGCUCUACAUCUUCCUUAAGAAUGGUGUGACUGAGGAGAACCUGUGUAAGCUCCUUCAGCAUGCCAACAUCCCACCUGAGGACAGUGACAUCAUUUCCAACAUGGCCCACAUGGGCCUUCCCAUUGUUUCUGAGGGCACAACAAAAAAAGUUAAGAAGGCAGAUCGCAAGGAGCGAAUCAGUGAGCAGACCUACCAGCUCUCCAGGUGGACCCCUCUGAUGAAGGAUCUUAUUGAGGAUGCCAUUGAGGACAAACUUGAUCCAAAGCAAUACCCGUACAUCUCGCAGCGACAAACAUCUGCCAAAGCCAGCGCUCCAUCAAGUGCUCGCUAUGGUAACUGGCACAAGAAUAGGGGCCCCACAGAGAUGAAGACGGGGCCGAGGAUCAUACUUUUUAUUAUUGGAGGAAUGACGUACAGCGAGAUGCGCUGCGUCUAUGAGGUCACCCAGGCCAACGGCAAGUGGGAGGCCCUGAUUGGUUCCACCCAUAUUCUCACCACACCUAAAUACCUGAAGGAACUUCAACACCCAGACUUCCUGGACCCUAACACUCCUCAAGAGGGCAUACAGAGCCCAAAUGAGCCACCUGCAGAAUGAAAAGUCAUUUAAAAAUGCAAGUCAUUAUGUGAUUUAUGCCCCAAUGUCAAUUAAUUCUCCGGUGUAGUACUUUUGAACCACCUGCAGUAACUGAUUCCUUGCCUCAUGUUUUUCAUUUAUAUUUUGAAGGAAAAAGUCAGCAGUUUGUUAGACUCUCCUAAUGGUGAAGUUAUAUAUUUUAACUGUAGUGAACUGAAGUCAUCUAUAGCAUAUAACAUUCUGAAAUAGUUAUUACAAUAGUUUGAUAUUAAUUCAAAUCUUAGAGGUUAAACAAAAUAUAAUACGUAAUAUUAACUAUACUUUGGGUUAUCAGACAUAGCUCUUUUUAUCUAACAUUUCAGCAAUGUUCACAGCAAACUGCUGUGAACACCACACAAUGCCGUUGUUGGAUAUUUGUGGCUACAUCUUCCCCUCAUGAUGCAGCUCAUGUCAUCUAGUUCAUGAUUAUGCAGAUUACUUAAAGUAACUUCUUAGAAUAUCUACAAAUUAAAACACAUUCAUUGUUGUGGCUAGCCUUGGUUGUACUUCCGAACUCAGACAGUUUACUCAGUUUACUGUAUUGUCACAACAAAUUGAACACACGCGAAAGCAAUUAAACUCAAUAUUCAUCAACAUUUGUUAGGCAACUAGAUGGUAUUUCGCUUUUAUCCUAAUAUGUUACAGUAUACAAUUUUGAAACAAGCUUGGACCUCUGUGUGUAUCUCUAUUCGUUAAAAAGAUUUAGUACAAUGAUACAGUGUAAGGAAACAGAGUAGUUAAUGGGACCCGACAGAGAAGGUCCUCUGCCUGACGUGCUUAUCGCAAGACAUAUAUUUUGUACUGUACUGUAUAAUAUUGACAAAUGUUUUAUGUAGAACUCAUGCAACUUAGAUUGCUAAAUGUAAAUGUAAAUUUGUUAAUAUUUUUAUGUUUCCAUUCAAAAAAUCUGCAAAAUUCUGUUCAUUGUCAGACAAUAUUCUAAAUACGCACAAUUAAACUUGACAUUAUAUUUUUGGGAAGGCUUCAUUUUUGGUGACUACCACCCUAACUGAUAAAGAAUAAUUAGGCUACAUCAAAACACCAGAACAAUUGCUAUAAUAUCACUGUGCAAUGUUGCCACAAAUUAGAUUGACAAAACAAUGACAAUAAAACCCAAAUUGGUUCAACCUGAAAUUACCAGUUAUGUAAUUCAAAUCAAGUUUUCUUGGCAAAUAUGGCAGCAGCUUGCCCAUGAUACUUAUAGUAUGUGCAUGAUCAACAGCUACUUCUAAUCCACUGCCACUCUAAAUGAAAAAAUCAAUAAAGAAAUCUGAUUAGUUUGGUUACUUUUUGUUCUUCAUUCUCCUGUAAACUCAAAAUAGCCAUAAUUGUGUGGUUUGAGUGCUGCAAGCAAUUAAAAAUAUAUAUUUCAGUAGUGUCAACGUUGUUUCUACACGAAAACUUAACGCACAGAAAUCUGAACAACCUCCCAACUCUGGAAUUGAGUGUAUCAUUUAGUUUUGACAUGAAAGCACCACAAAACUGCUGAAAUGGCUGCUGUGCCAAAACUUAUAAAAACACAUGCUAGAAAGGAGCAAGAAAACAUAAUUUGAUCAUGCAUUUAUUUAUUGCUAAUCAUCAUCAUACAAUACUUCUCUCAGAUACUAAUCUGUUUAUUUAAAAAUAAAAUAAAUUUAUUCAGAUUUGUUUAGAUCAGAGGUCUUCAACAGGGGGUCUGCAGGGAUACACAGGGAUUUUUUCCACAAAUUUAAAUAUCUUCAGAAUCAGAAUUGUCUUUAUACACAUAUACACAACUCCUUAAAAUUAGGGGGUCCCUGCUCCAUCUCGGCAUACGUUUGGGUGGCCUUUGCCUGAAAAACGUUGUAGACCCCUGGCUAGAUUCUGGAUGAGUUUAUGGGAUUAUAAAUGCCUACUGAACAGUAACAAUCAUUCCACUUUUCCAGUGGAAAAUUUCGUUGAAUCUUUUGCUACAGAUGUUUAUCGUCUGUGUGUAGUCAAUCUUCAUGUAUUUGAAGUAUGUGAUGUUGUAGGUAGAGAUAUCCUUGUAGAAGCAAGCCUGCUAAUUUUGGAAAAAAAAUGUUUGCACGUUUACUUUCUGGGCAAUACAUUUUUUAAAAUCUUUUAUAGCAUAGCUCAAUAAAAGUUAACGUUGCAUAAUCAGGGGAAAUUAGGGUAAAUAUUUUUAAUGGUUUGUCUGUAUGUUGUCAUGAGUUGAUGUUGUGUAGUGAUAAUGAUUAAUUACUAAUCUGUUAAGAAAUAUUUCAGUAUUACAAGUAUGUUUUGAGAGCAAAAGUUGGUAGUACUCUAUAAGGAACUUUCAAUUAAUCUUAGUGUGUCCUUUAUCUCAUAUCUUAUACCCCCCACCCCGGAUGCACCGAGGAUGGCUGAUUACUGGCAAUUUGGAAGAUUGUUCUUUAUCUGCACUGUCGCCAAGUAAAGAUUCAUUGACCUUUUGUAGUAUAAAUUUCAUUUGAAUUCAGAAUGUGCAUAGUUCAUGUGAUUCUGAAUUAAAAGACGGUGUAAUGUUUUUCCUCGUGUAAUCACAAUUAAAUGGAGCCCCCUGUCAUGAUGCACAUGGAGAAAUGCCAUUUAUGGUUGUUUAAUUAUUCACAAACAGUCCAGGAGGAAAUGGUCGAUAUUGUGAAUGUACAUCUGACUGUUAAAUGAGACCAACCUGAGUUUUAAAGUCGAUUGUGGUGUUUACUUUAGUUUUUAUUAAGUUUCCAAUCCCUAGUUUAAUUGAAUCAUUGAAAAUCCUUUAGAUUCAUGAAAAGCUUAUAUUUCAUGAGAAUUGACAAUGUGUUACAGGAUAAAUCUGUAAAAUAAAAAAUAAAAAAUUGCUGCAGAAUAUUCAGUAAUAUUAGUUGUUUCAUCGUAAUACUACAGGAAUAAUCUAUAAAGUUUAUCUGUAAAACUGUUGAAUAAAAUGUGAAAACCAUAAAUUUA